AUGUUUACUUCAGCUUUGAAGUCGUUCAACUCCAACAUCUCCGCCAAUUAUCAGAUCGCUACCCACCCUACUGUCUACUCGGGCCCCUGGAAAAUUCACGAUGCCAAAAAGAAGUCGACCGGAACGGCCGCCUCGGUAUUCAUCUUUGAUCGCAAAACCCUCGAACCACGAUCGGGAGGCUUCGGAUCUCGUUCGGGGUCUUCCUCCAAAAAACUACAAGAAGAUGUGAUCGAGCGGCUCAAGCGCGAGGCCAGCAAUCUGGCCCGUUUGCGACACCCGUCCAUUCUCCAAGUGCUGGAACCUGUGGAAGAAACUCGUAGUGGCGGUCUUAUGUUUGCAACGGAGCCCCUGACUGCAUCGCUUUCGGGGCUUCUACUCGAAAAGGGUGACCAAGAAAACGCUCAUGGCGCCGAUACACGCUCUGGUCGUUACAUGGUGGAGGGGGCUGAUGGGAGUCGGAGAAGACGUGACUUGGAGAUUGAUGAACUGGAGAUUCAAAAGGGAUUGCUGCAGGUCGCAAAGGGUCUGGAAUUCCUUCAUGAAUCUGCAGGUCUGGUGCAUGGUAACCUGAACCCGGAUGCGAUCUACAUCAAUGCCAAAUCGGACUGGAAAAUCUCCGGUCUGGGAUUUGCAGGGCCACCAGACUCCUCGGAGACCAAGUCCUCUCUCCCACCUUUGGCCGUUUCCGAGGUCCUUUACCAAGAUCCAAGGCUUCCCGCUUCGGUGCAGCUGAAUAUGGACUUCACGUCUCCAGAUUUUGCCCUCGACUCCAAUGUGUCACCAGCCGCUGAUCUCUUCUCCCUCGGUCUAAUAAUCAUUGCUCUCUAUAAUUCACCCCAUGUCUCGCCGAUUCAGGCGCAUGCCAACUUGUCAACCUACAAGAAGCUCUUGGGCUCCUCUUCUACCACCCCAUCCCAAGGCAACAAUUUCCUUUGUUCAAGCCCUAUUCCUCGGAAUGUUCUAUCCCAGGUAUUGCCCCGACUGAUCACACGAAGAGCCGCCCAGCGCAUGAAUGCACGGGAGUUCCAGCAGUCUCCAUAUUUCGAUAAUGUUCUAGUAUCCACAAUUCAGUUUUUGGAGUCGCUACCGACGAAGAAUGCUAGCGAAAAGUCGCAAUUUUUGCGUGGGCUUCAGCGAGUGCUGCCUGACUUUCCUGCUUCGGUUUUGGAAAGAAAAGUGCUGGGGGUAUUGUUGGAUGAGAUGAAGGAUCGCGACCUUCUUCCACUCAUUCUACACAAUGUCUUUGGAAUUCUUCAGCGCGUUCCCAAUGGACGCCGCGCCUUUCCUGAGAAGAUCAUUCCUCGCUUAAAGGAAGUAUUCGGGACGGUACCAGGGAAAACAGUCUCGCAGGAGCGCGACUCCAAGAAGGAUGCAGGCCUUAUGGUUGUGUUGGAGAAUAUGAAACUUGUUGCGGAGAACUGCUCGGGUCUGGAGUUCAAAGAUGAUAUCUUACCUCUGAUCAAGCUAGGGCUUGACUCACCUACCCAUUCCGUGGUGGAUGCUUCUAUUAAGAGCUUACCUGUCUUUCUUCCCGUACUCGACUUCAGCACCGUGAAAAAUGAAGUUUUUCCCCCAAUCGCCAGUACGUUCAGCCGCACCAGCAGCCUUGCCAUCAAGGUCCGCGGUUUGGAGGCGUUUGUCGUACUCUGCGGAGGAUCUCUCAACGAGUCUAGUCUUGAGGACGAUCUUUCUGGCACGGUGCAACCGAACAAACCUACCAAAGCAUCUAUUCUGGACAAAUACACCAUUCAAGAGAAACUUGUCCCAUCUCUCAAGGCAAUCAAGACGAAAGAACCUUCAGUGAUGGUAGCAGCAUUAAAGGUCUUCCGUGAGGUGGGAAAGGUUGCAGACAGUGACUUCAUUGCCCUCGAAGUGCUUCCAGUCCUUUGGAGUUUCAGCCUUGGCCCUCUCCUGAACCUUAAUCAGUUCAAUGAUUUUAUGGAUUUGAUCAAAUCGCUUUCCGCCAAGAUUGAGAAAGAACAGACGAGAAAAUUACAGGAACUUUCGUCUGGUGGCGAUUCAACUGGAUUCCAAAACGGAUCCAGCAGUUUCUCCCAGUCGGCGACGGAUCUCACCUCUUCGGACACGGACACUGCAAGAAAUAACUUCGAGCGCCUCGUACUUGGGAAGAGCACGACUCCCUCGGCUAGCAAUGGUAUGGACAUGUGGGGUAGCAUUGAAACAGAAGCAUCUGCGUCCAAACAGACUACAACGUCGCCUGCGUUCUCGUGGUCUACAAACAACGGAACGACGCUAAAGCCAGCAAACUCGUCCGGUCAGCUUGGCUUCCGUUCCAUUACUCCCGACCAAAAGCUGAGUUCUUUCCCAUCUCUCGCGCCUGCCAGGCAGCCAUCGCCUGCAGCGCCGGCUUUCCCUACCAUGCAUUCUAUGCAGCCUAUGCAACCAUCAUCACCAACUUGGGGCACUCAAGUUCAAGGGGGGACUCGAGCAGGCUCACUAGCUUCGCUUUCUGGAAUGGCUGCUAGUACGCCAGCUCCCCAGCAGGCCAAUUACUCAGCCUUCUCAAUUCCGCCUCCGCCAGGAGGGAUGAACUCGAAUAAUGCCAUGAGAUCUCCGUUGGGCAUGAACACAACUACAACAACGUUCCCAACUCAGCCCCAGACCCAGUAUCAACCGCCAGCACAGAAACAGGGGUUGGAUAAAUAUGAGAGCUUGAUAUGA